GACGUGCUCCAACACUUCACAUCGUUUUUGGUGUCUCUUUGGUGUCAGAGCUGUCGGAGAUUUGCAGUCCUUAGCAUCUUGGGCCAAACAAACCGCUAAGCUUGAGGAUGAGUUCAAUAUUGAAUGAUGCGAUUCUUAUUAAAGUCGGGCCACGAGGGGAUUUUCUGAGCCGAAAUACAGAAUGGGAUGAAUCAAGUUAUGGAAAUGUGAGGCAGAUCUUUAUAACUCAUGGAAAUGCCAUAAAUUCCAUUCAAAUGUUGUAUGACUUCAAUGGAAAUUUAGCGCUUGCACACAGGCAUGGAGGGGAUGGAGAUAACUUUGUCUGUAUCAAUUUUGAAUCGUGGGAGUAUUUGACAUCCUUAACUGGAUAUUAUGGGCCCAUCGAGCACAAAGGUCCUACGGUCGUACGAUCACUCACGUUAGAAAGCAACCGGACCACUUACGGACCAUACGGUCGAGAAGAGGGUAUCCCAUUCCGUUUCAACUUCCAGACGGGUGUCAGGUUUGGUGGAUUUCAUGGACGUAGUAGCAGUAGUUUUCUUUCUGCCAUCGGUGUAUAUGUUAAGACAAUGGCGAAGCACUAUUUCAGGCCUGAUCCACCUCGAUGUAACAUCGCACCGCGUUUAUGUUCUGCCUCGACAGAGUUGUCAGACCCAUCUUCAAGUUCUCCUUUCCUGCAGUGAUUCGAUCUCAAGCUCCGAUUCCGUGUACUUAUGAUAUAUUGGGGUCAGUUUGUAGUGUAUGUAAAUAUUUGAGGUUAUGCAUUACGAUAUGCUGAAGAUGAGUCCGCCUAGCGAAAAUAAACACUGAAGUUGGUCUGUGUAUGUAAUAAUGUGGUUUGAUGCAUUUGACUUGGUUUUCUGAAAUAA